AGGCAUUACUCCCUGACAAAAGACGUUCAAUUGUUAUUGUUUAAAUGCAUUGCAAUGUAGAUUACGAUUCUCGGUUACUCAUCGUUUAACAUUGAAUUCUGUGUAAAAUUUACAAAGAAUGUCGUACGACUAAAGUUGUUCAUUACAAAAAUGAAAUCAUUUGCUUGAACAAUGCACUUUACCCAUAAAUAUAAGGCAUUUUGAACUAACCGGUGGCUCUGUCCCCGAAUCGAGAUUGAGAAAAAUCCCGCGGGAACCAGUAGACCCGUACAUGGCCUCUAGUUUCACUUUCAAUUUCAGGUUCCACCAAAGUGUUGGAUGAUUUCAUUCCUGAAGGCCGGGAAGAUGGAAGAUAACCAUGCUAGAUUAUCGUUUUAAUACAUAAAAUUUAAUGUGAGUUGAAUAAAACUAAAAUUUUGCAAUCAUGGUAAAAAAAAGGUGUUGCCAUGGCUUGGUCCGAUUUUUGAACAAUUUCAUUUUUAGAUUUUCUCUAUUGUUGUGGUGGUACAAAUAGUCAACUGUACUAAACAAGUCAAAGUUUAAUAAACAUGUUAAUUACAUUUAUUACACAUGUAGCAUAAAAAACUGAAUUCAUUUAUUCAAAUCAACAAUUUAAUAAAUAGUAAAUUAGCGUAAUGGCAGUUCGUCAUAUUUACGAAUGUGGAUUGUUGAAUGACUAUUCGCUCAGUUGCGUGUAAAACAUGGCGGCUCGUGCAGUGAAAUUUGGGGGUUACCUCAAAGAAUUAAGAAUCCACUUAUGCCAAAAAUCUUCUCAGAGCCAAGGAGUAAGAGAUUUCAUUGAAAAACACUAUGUGGAUUUGAAGAAAGCCAAUCCUAAAUUUCCUAUAUUAAUUCGUGAAUGCAAUGGUAUUCAACCCAGAAUGUAUGCUAGAUAUGCCCAGGGAAAAGAAAGCAGUGUACCCCUUACAAAUUUAAAAGCUGAAGAUGUAAUGAAGCAGCUGGAAACUUUAGUAGCAGUUAAAUAGGGGUUGUGCAUUUUCCUGUGUAAAUAGAAUUUUGUAGCAUUUAAGCUUAUAAAUUAUAAUAUUUGUUAAAAGAAAAGAGUGUUAUUAUUUCUUGUUCUCCUUUAUAUAGUGAGAUAAAAUUACAGCUGAACAUUAAUAUGAGAGAUAAUGUGUGAAAUGCUUGUCUUGUAGAGCCAAUUUACGUUUUGUGAUUUAUAUUUGCAAUUAUAUUGUGAUAUUUUUAUUUAUGCCUUGUCAAUAAUACAAGUUGAAGUCUUAUUGUUUUAUUUGUUGAUAUGUAUGUCAAUUAAAACAGUCGUUAUAUCGUGCAAAUAUUUGAAAAAUUAUUGAAGUUCAAUAGAACUGGAAAAAUACGGAAAUUCAGUACAACUUCAAUAAGUGAUGCCUUUGACUCACGGUAAGCAGAUCUUAGGGGAAAAACAAAGGACUAUUUUAUCAAAGCUUGCAUUUUUUUUAAUCUUAUAAUGCAGCGUUAGCUUUGAUUAACAAGUAUCCCAUUUAUGUUUUAAAUAAAUUAGGAACGAUCUGGCUGAUAUUUUAUUUCAGGGAUGAAAUAGCCAAUUCCAGGGUAUCUAUGGUUCACAAAGGUGAUUCGUAACCACACAUCAAGUAAUGCAUUUACAUUGUCUAAUUAUAUAGUCUUUUAAUUGGAUUUAAUAUUAUAGUAUCUUUUUUUUUAUAUAUUUAAUAUUUCUUGGAAAUUCUUCAUACUUGGACUGACUUCAUUGGAAACUCUUACACAAGAUAGAGGUGUUGUGAAUUUCAAUAUAACAUCAAGUUUGUUGUGUAUUUCUAUAAGUUUACUAUAAAAGAAAAUAGUUCCUAUUCCAGUAGUCAUUUCUGAAAACUUGUUUCAGAGUCCUUAAGAAUUAUUAAAUAGUCAAUUGUUUAUGUGCAACUUUUGGGGUGAUGAAAUUUAUGGUGUGCAUACUCGUCCAAAGCACAAAAUGCCAUUGAAACACACGAUUCACGUUUGUUUAUCCAAUUUUAUAUCUGAAGUUGGCAAGUCAUAAAAAAAAAAUUGUAUAUUAAGGUUGCAGUUUUUGAUGUUGCUUCAUUAAGAUGAUUGGAAGAAAUUAUAUGAGUUGUUAAGGAUAGCAUGUUUUGAAUUGUCUUAAAUCGACAAUAUGUAUACUUUAAAUAUUAAUGAAUGUAAGUGGUUGUCCAUUAAUUACGUAACGCU